UCGAGACCCCUUCCGGAUGAUGGUAAAAACUAAAAAGCAAUUCGAGACGCCUUUCGGACGAUGGAGCGAUGAACCACUGAAAAAUGCUCAAAGCUCUGUGGCAAGUAGUAAAAUUUUUGUGGACGCCUUUCGGACGAUCGACCUCUGGAGAAUGGAGGGCAAUGGACCUCUUAAGGAUGCUCAAAGCUUUGUGGCGAGUGGUAAAGUUUUUGUGGAUACGCCUUUCGGAUUUUUAUUCAAAUGCAUAUGUGUUCUUUUGGAUAUUGAAUUCAAAUUUAAUCCAAUGAUUGGGGUUUGCAUAGUUUUGGCAAUCAUAAAGAGGAAGAUCGAUCGUGCAAACGCCACACCAAAUGCCGAACAGUAACCUCCCCCACGACUGUCGAGUAGCUUUCCUUAAUAAUUAAGGCGUAUAUAUGCAAAACAAAGGAAAAGAAUGAAAAAACAUAUCAUACUGCAACUUAUGCACUAGAACCCCAACCCCUUGGUCGAUUUGGACUCUUGUGACAUGUUUAUGUUUUUGCCAUACAAAGUGGGUUUCAAUAAAGAAAAAAUCUUGCCGU